ACCACAGCGUGUCAGACCUGGUCCCAGAGAGAGAGAAGAAAAAACAAGGGGUGUGCUUGCUGUGGUUUUACUUGUGAGGCAGCAGCUGCGCAUGCGCACCCGCAGUAAAAUCACGGCCGUCGAGCCUCGCACCGCAGCAGCGAUUGCAGAUCUUACAUGUCAGAUGUAGGGAAGGAGUGGGGAGAAGAGGGGUACGAGACACGGCGAGGGGAGGGGGCCUCAGCGCGCACAGCCCCGGCGGAUCAGAGGGAUGGAGACCCCGGCGUGAGGAGGAAGAAGCAGAGGGCUGAUGACUGACUCCUUUCUUCCUCAAACUUAAAGCCUUACCAGCCUGCAGAUGCAACCUGUCUGUCAUCCGCCUCCCAGCCAUCCCCCCGCUUCGGUUGCAUCGUUUCCUCUGAGGGGGACUACCAUGACAACCUGCUGACCGCAGACGGGAUGGAGUAGUCAACGACACCGUCCAGCACAUAGCGCAGGAUGCGCAGGAAGAAGGUGGAGAAACCUGGCUGCUGCUCUCGUCCCAGAUUGUGCGCGGCGCCGUGGAUUGAUCGCCUGCUCCCUCGCCCUCCCGCUGCCGGCGUCCGGGUAUAAUGGAGAGCUCCAAUGGCUCCGGCAGCGACGCCAAGCCGCAGAACCACCAGUUGGAGAAGAAGCGGCUGAACCGAGCGCCCUCGCCGGCCAGACCUUUCCUCAAGGAUGCGCACUCGCGCUCCGCCAGACCACCUGCCAUCGUGCCCCGCUCCCCCAAACUCCACAAGCAGCAGCAGCAGCAGCAGCAGCUGUCCUCAGCCCAUCCGAACCGCAGCUCCAGGCGCAACCCCACCGGGGCCAAAGAGAAAGCGGCCAGCGUCAAAAGUGGCCCCAAGUCUGCUGCUGCCGCGAGAAAGCCCACGAAGGCGCCUCAGCACGCGGCGGCAGCCGAGCCCCGAGCCGCCGGCACCAAGCCGGACGGCACCGGCAGCAGUCCGGUUCUCGCCAAAGGCAAGAAGGGGAAACUAGCCUCGGGGUCCCCGGGCUCCCCGGGGGCCCCCGCCCUGCAUGGAUCUCCGAUCCGCGUGCCCACCGGCGCGCCCCUCGCCCGGCUCGCCCAUCAGACCGACAGCAGCUCGGACCUGUCGGACUGUCCGUCCGAGCCGCUGUCGGACGAGCAGCAGCGGCUGGCGGCGGCGGCCGGCAGCGACGCGGAGUCCGGCACCGGCUCCAGUGACCGGGAUCUGCAGGGAGCCGAUAAUCCGCUGCGGGCAGAACCGACCGGAGCGGCGGCGGCGGCUGAUGAUGCUGAUGCUGAUGCUGAUGCUGCUGCUCCUCUUCCGUUGCGCACAGCAGCAGAGGCUUCCUCCGCCGCCGCGCAGGGAAGCAUCAUGUCUCAGGCUCAGUCCUCUCCGGCGGCGCACGGAGAGAAACACAAGCAGGAGAAACCCACAGCAACAACAACAACAACAACAACAACAACAACAGCAAGCGCACAAUUCAAACUGCCCGGCGCCAGGGAUGUGACCGAGGACGAGCUGCAGCGGGAAGUGGAAGAUUUGAGAUCCGAAAACGACUACCUCAAGGAUGAAGUGGACGAGCUGCGGGCGGAGAUGGAGGAGAUGCGGGACAGCUACCUGGAGGAGGAGGUCUACCAGCUGCAGGAGCUGCGCAGGGAACUGGACCGGUCCAACAAGAACUGCCGCAUCCUGCAGUACCGCCUGCGGAAGGCCGAGCAGAAGAGCCUGCGCGUGGCGCAGACCGGCCAAGUGGACGGGGAGCUGCUCCGCAGUCUGGAGCAGGACCUGAAGGUGGCCAAAGACGUGUCGGUGCGUCUGCACAACGAGCUGGAGAGCGUGGAGGACAAACGCAGCCGGGCCGAGGACGAGAACGAGCUGCUCAGACAGAACAUCAUCGAGGUGGAGAUCUCCAAACAGGCGCUGCACAACGAGCUGGAGAGGACCAGAGAGACUGUCCUGAGGAGACGAGGAAGCCGGGAAACAUUUAAAGACAAGAAAACCACAAGCCAGGAGGACAGUGCGGACCUCAGGUGCCAGCUCCAGUUUUCCAAGGAGGAGUCCGGCCUGAUGAGGAAAAAGAUGGCCAAGCUGGGCCGGGAGAAGGACGAACUGGAGCAGGAGCUGCAAAAGUACAAGUCUGUUUACGGGGACGUUGACAGUCCCCUUCCCCUGGCCGAAUGCUCUGGCGGGGGCCCUCAUACCACUCGAGAGGCUGAGCUGCGAUUGCGGCUCAAGCUGGUGGAGGAGGAGGCCAACAUCCUGGGCAGGAAGAUAGUGGAGCUGGAGGUGGAGAACCGCAGCCUGAAGGCAGAGAAUGAAGACAUCCGGUGUCAGUACGAAAGGGACUGCUUUGGGCGAGAACCCUUCUCCAGCAUGCCCUCGUCGCCGUAUGGCGGUGAUGCGCUGGAGUCCGCAAAUGAGCUACGCCGCCAUCUCCAGUUCGUGGAAGAGGAGGCUGAGCUCUUGCGUCGUUCCAUCUCAGAGAUUGAGGACCACAACAGGCAGCUGACAUCUGAACUCAAUCGCUUCAAAUUCGGGCCGAGCAGCAGCUCCGGGCUCGAGGAAGGUGACGAAGUAGGACUGUUUAAACCUGGUAAUGGCGGCAACGGGAAUGGUUCCAGUACUGGGAUGAUGAUGGAGGAGCUAAAGUCAGCGAGGAUGCAGAUCAAUGAGCUGAGCGGAAAGGUGAUGAAGCUGCAGUACGAGAACCGCGUCCUCAUGUCAAACGUCCAGCGUUGUGACCUGGCCGCACACAUCGGCCUACGCACCGGCAGCCCUCGGGACAGCGAUGCGGACAGCGAUGCAGGGCGGCGAGAAGCCACCGAGGACGAAGAGACAGGGCGACUUCUUCUUCUCCAGCCCAAAAGGGAGGGCCCCAUCGGAGGGGAGAGUGACUCUGAAGACAUGUUUGAGAAAACGGCAACCAGCUCAGGGUUCGGAAGCCUCAAACCCUCCGAUGGCAGCGACCUCAGUGCCACCGAACUGGCCAAUCGCAGGAGGGAAGAGCGGGAGUCGUUCAGUAAUGUGAAACGUGAGGCGGAAAGGCUCGGGAAGACGGUGGACCGACUGAUCACGGACACCGACAGUUUGAUCUUCGAGGGCAGGCUGCUGGUGACGACAGCGGAGAGCCUGGAGGGAGCGGCAGCAUCGGGAUCCAAACCAGACGCCCAGGUCCUGGACACCAUCAACACCCGCAUGAAGGCCUUCCGCACGGAGCUGCACAUCUUCAUGGAGAAGUUGGACCAUGUAGGGGAGGGGCUGAGGGAAAGGACAGACGAUCUGUCACCAAUGCCAAACCUCACAGAGUCCAGCAGCUUCCUGUCCACAGUCACCUCCAUGUCCCGCGACUCUCCCAUCGGCACGUUUGGAAGAGACCUGGUGACGGACUUCCAGUGCGUUCAGAGGGAUGAGCUGGAGUGGCGUCUAGGACAGGAGCGAGGCGUGGAGCCCCAGAGCCAGAGCCAGGGCGGGGGCCCGGCCCAGAGCAGGGGAGCCACGGGACUCACUAGGUACCACAGGCCCCUGGCUUUAAGAGCAGAGCUCCGGGACACGCCCGCUCCUGACACCCAGUUCCGUCUGGAUCAUGAGCGGAGGCUGAGAUCUGCGUCGGAGGAGCGGGAGGCUGCCGUCGUCUCUCUGCCUCAGGAGGAGGACCUCUUGCGUCUGGAGGCCCAGCGCGGGGGCCUGGAGCUGCAGGGACUCCAGGGUCACGAGGUGCACUGGACCCAGGAGAGGGCCAUGCUGCAGCAGGAGGUUCGCCUGUUCAGACGCAACACCAUCAUCUUCUACAUGAAGCUGCGCUGGAUCCUCACGCACUGGAGGCUCAGCCGCCAGGACGAGUCCGCAGACGAGGCGGUGCACCCAGAGUUUGAGAAGCUGGAGGGCAUCCCGGAGCUGGGCGUGAUAAUGGAGCAGGCCGAGGGCGAGUCAGAUCGAGAUGACCGAAUGUGUUUACCGCAAACUCUGGGGGACGAGCCGGACCCCGGGCCCAUCAUCCCUCUGCCGUCACCUGAUCAGCACCUGCAGCAUCAGAGACAGUUCGGGGAGAACCGCCGGGUGCUGCAGGCCCUGCGGACGCUGCUGGAGGAGUUUCGGGAGGAGCUGCGCGAGGAGGAGACGCGGCGAUGGCAACUGCAGCAGUCCUACGCCAAUGACAAAGCUGCCUGGGAGGUCAAGUGGGCGGAGAUGAAGUGCCAGGUGGCCCAGUUGGAGGAGGACGCACGAGGCGCGACGGUGCGAGGCGACGCACGGGGAGGCGAGGGGGACCCGGCCGGAGACCCCGAGUGGGGCCUGAAGCAGGAGCGCGAGGAGCACCGGCGCCUGCUGGCCGAGAGCCACAGCGCCUCGCUGGACCUGCGCUGGAAGCUGCAGCACGGGGAGAAGAGGUGGGGCCGCGAGAGGGCCGAGCUCCUGGAGCGCUUCGACUGGGAGCGGCAGGAGUGGAACGGCAGCAUGAGAGAGCUCCACCGCAAGAUGGAGAGGAUGCAGAGAGAGCUGAACGGCAGGCGCGGCGAGGGCAUCGAUGUCAAGGACGGCAGCUCGGGUCACAGGGGCAUGCUCUCUCCUCAGGACAGUCCCUGCAACGUCCCCCGGUCGCCGCGCUCUCCACGUUCCCCCCGCUCCCCCCGUACGACCGCCCCCGUCCUGGGCCAUCCCGCGCGCUCCCACUCGGACUCCGAGGCCGUGCUGGAGGAGCAGGGGGGGGCCGCGAUGAGGCUGAGGGGUCCGACGGAGAACCUGUUCCUGGACGCGUUGUCUCUGGAUCCGCUCAGCGGCCUGGAGGUCCCUCCACCCUCUGGACUGGAGAGUCAGAAGAGGUUCCCCUGCAUGAAGGAGGCCCUGAACGAGAUUUCGGAGAGAGAAGGCGAUCCUGCGUACCCAGAGGACGAGAUGAGCGGUGGGAGUCUGCUCAGAGCCAAGUCAGUGUGCUCCAUGAGUGACUUCCAGAGGCUAAUGGACAGCUCGCCGUUCCUCCCAGACAAAACUCGCCACGGGGAUGAGGGCGAAGACGACGUCACUCCGCCUUUGUCUCCGGACGACCUCAAGUACAUCGAGGAGUUCAACAACAAGGGCUGGGACUUCCCAUCGUCCACCUCUGGCCCAGGUCCUGCCCGGGACGCGUGGACUGACAAAACCUCCGGGGCCCGGGGAGGGGAGGCCGUUCCCGAUCCAUUCCAGCCAGCUUCCUGGUUCCUCACCACCAGCGCCACACUGACCACCAGCACCCUGAGCAGCCCUGAGCACUGCCACAAGUCCCCGCUGAAGGGCAACGGAGCAGGGUCUGCAGGGAUGGCCGUGGAGGACUAUGGGUUGCACAUCCUCCACAGUCCCACCAGACUUGGGGCAGCUGAGCACCCUACUGCCCAAGACCCGGACUUCCUGUACACCAAGGGGACCAAAGCUAGGGGUGGAGGAGAGGCGGGGGUGGGAGCCAGCGGGCCAGAUGAGGUGUUCAGUAGUGGGAGGUGGCCGUGUGGGCUUCUGGAUAGUGGAGGCCUGAGGACUUCUCCUAGUCAAUCUCCUAUCUGCCCCACAGUUGGCUACGCCUCCUCCCUGGAGCUGCAGCUCUCCAGGAACCUGAGUGACGACAUGAAGGAGGUGGCCAUCUCUGUGAGAAACGCCAUCCGCUCUCCGCCUGGGCCCGUGGUCCGCGACACCGCCUGCCAGACCAAUGGAUACACCACACGGGGCACUCAGACCACCCAGACCAUCAGUGUGGGCCUGCAGACGGACCUGCUGCGGAACCUGACCAGCAGCCCCCACCGCUGCCUCACCCCGAAAGGUGGCGGCACGCCCAUAUCCUCUCCGUCACGCAGCAUCAGGAAGGUUCAGUACUCUCAGUACUCCCCGGUGGUCCAGAGCAAGUUCGAGCGACCCUGCUGCUCGCCAAAGUACGGCUCACCCAAACUUCAGCGCAAACUCUCCGCCUCCAAUAAAACCGAACUGCCCAAUACCAGCCGCGCCCCCACUCCCACCACACCCCAGAAGGGCAAUAGCGAGUCGGCAUGGGCCCGCUCCACCACCACCCGUGACAGCCCUGUCCACACCACCAUCAACGACGGGCUCUCCAGCCUCUUCAACAUCAUCGACCACACUCCCGUGGGCUUUGAAUGCAUGCAGAAGUUCAACAAAUCUCCCAGUCGCUCCCGCCCCACGCCGCCCUCCACCACUGAGCCCAGCCCUGCUCACGGGGCCCUCGCCACGGAGCCCAGGACUGUGCAGGAGGGCUUGCGGGCGGCCCGAGGGCGUUCGCCCAGCCCCGUGCAGCUGAUAGUGGAGACGCAGGGGGACAAGAACCUGGAGGUGGUGAGCAUUCGGCAGGACCUGUCGGCGCCGCCAGGCUACACGCUGGCUGAAAACGCGGCGCGCAUCCUCAAUAAGAAGCUGCAGGAGCAGAACUUCAAAGAGGAGAGGAGGCUGCAGGCUGGAGGACAGAGCAGCCACAGCAGGGACAACAGCAGGCCGGCCGACUCGGACAGGGGACAGUCUGGAUGUAUGGAGGACCUGCCGCGCUCUCCCGUGGCCCCGCCCCUGGACUCCUGCUUCCUGAGGCCGGCCCGCCCGGCCAACCGCAGGCCCCCGUCGCGCUGGGCCGCCCGCUCUCCCUCCUCCUCCUCCUCCUCCUCCUCCCCCAAGUGGCGCGAGGGCUCCAGGAGGAGGAGGUCCACCUUCCCGCCGCCGGCACAGCGGAAGGCCAUCCUGGAGGGCGAGGAGCUGGCGUGAGUCCGUCCGCUCUACCUCCUCUCGCCCCUCGUCCACCUCAGCCUAAAAAGACCCAGUACCUCAGAAGCCCCCCCCCCACAGAUCCCGGGACUCCCUCAGAGUCGGAGCCUGACGCUGGGGAGGGAGGGGGGUUGGGAUCCACCCAGUAGCACCAGCUGACCAUCGAGUAACCAGAACUUCUCUGUGGAAGAACCUGGAAUGUACUGUAGUCUCUUCAAUAGACACAUUUCCAUAUGAGGUGCCUGCACACACUUGAGUUAAUCAGCAUCCCACAUGUGUGUGUGUGUGUGUAUAUGUAUAUACGUAUUUAAUACGUAUAUACAUAUACAUAACAUUGAGUAACUGUAGGUCAUCUGUCGGAUUUUGUACGAAGUUUACACCGUUUUUUUCUCACGUUUACAACUUUCUUUCACGUCUUUACCAUCAAUUCACGCUCAAACUCUUCGAAUGGGAGCGGACGUUCUUUUUAUUUCUUGAUUUUUUUUUUUCUUCCUGUUUUGUUUAAAGGAGGAAAAAAAAGAAGAAAACACAAACAAACAGAUACAAUAAAAAAAACAAACACCUUCUGCUUCAUCGGGUCUGAAGCGGAGACACAUGAUGUCAUUUCCGAUGCCAGAAGCCCUCGUUUCUUUCUACGUCGGGUUGAAUGUUCGGCCCUGUAGAUUUGAAGAAGUCGGGUGACGACACACUGAAUAACCUUAUGCAUAUUUGGAAGGCAGUUGUACAAACAUCGGUCAAAUAUUUUUGCAUGCCUUUUCAACACUAGCAUGUACAUAAGAGCUCCAGUCAUUUGUGAUCACUCGGCUCCGCUGCGGCGGGAAGAAGAAGAAAAACAAAACCGUGUGCGGGUGAAAUCUUGAGCUGGUUGUUUUUUGUUUGUCACAUGAUUUGCAAUGACAAAAGUUUAAAAACACAAAACAAAAAGUUUGUAAGUAAAUUAUUGUAUCAACCGGAUUGUCUUUGUAUAGUUGUUACUAUUGGAUAUGAAUAAGUUUUUUUCUUUUGACAAGAAAAAAGGGGAUUGUGGGCGAAAAAAAAAAAGAUAUGAAUGUUUUAAAUGAAAAGUCUUAUGUCCAGAAGUCUAAUGAUCUAUAGUCUCAUGUAAAUAGUAAAUGGUAAUAAACAUGAAUGUGUAUUUACAAGA